GGACCACUUCCUCUCAGUUUGCCCCACCACUCUCACCGUUGACCUCCUCGAGAAGGCCCUCCUAGCAGCAGAGAAGAGCAUACUCGCUGUAGGAGCCUCUGGUGGUGACCCUCUCACCCCCGUCUUUGAGGGGUGUUCUCCCUCUCCCCUCUUGCCCUCUGUUGCCUCUGCUGCUGCGGCCGACCUCGUUGGUUUCGAGUCGGUCGGCGAUGCAUCUGCCCCGAGCGGGAGACGCCGCACCGGCAAGGGCAAGGGGGGCAAGGGCGCUGGAGGGGCUGGCGGGGGCGGUGGAGGUGGUGGUGGAGGCAGUGGAGGGAGUGGGGGUGGUGGUGGGAUUGGUGCCGGGGGUGGCGGCGGCGGCGGCGGCAGCAGUGGAGGCGGCGGAGGCGGCGGUGGUGGCGGAGGGAGCGGAGGCGGCGGAGGUGGCGGAGGAGGCGGAGGUGGAGGAGGCGGCGGAGGCGGCGGCGGCGGCGAAGGUGGCGGUGGUGGAGCAGGUCGCGACUCUGCGCAGAGGAGUGGCUUAGGUGGUGGUCCGCGCCAGCAGCAGCGGAGUGGUUGCAGGGGCCCGCACUCCACCCAGCGCUGCUUCGGUCGCCUGACGGACGCGUGGCGUCGCCAGUUCCCUGAGGCGUCAGAGAUCCCUCGCUGGGGAGAUCUGUCUAGGGCGGGGGUUGCCUUCUUUGAUCUUGACUAUGAUGCUAUCCUUGCUGCCAUGUAUACUGUGACUACUAGUGUUGAGGGUGACUGUUACCUGUGUGUACCGCCUGACCCGGGCAUUGAGGCCACUGCUCUAGGUGCUGGUGAGGCUGCUGCUCUAGGUGCUCGUGCGUCUGUUGCCCCAGGUGCCAGUGCGUCUGCUGCCCCAGGUGCUGGUGAGUCUGCUCUCUCAGAUACUACGUCAGCUCAGGCCUUCCACACCUUCACCCUUGACUCGGGUGCGUCCCGCUCCUUCUUUCGAGACCGCACCACUCUUACGCCGCUCAGUCGGCCGGUUGCAGUCUCCCUGGCAGACCCCUCUGGGGGUCUUGUCCUUGCUAGCUUCUCCACUGUCUUACCGUGCCCGGCAGCCCCCUCUGGCACCCUGUCAGGUCUCUACCUCCCCUCGUUCUCUACGAACUUGGUGAGUGGAGCAGACCUACAGGAUAGGGGGGUUGACCAGUUCACUCCUGCGAGUCAGCGAGUGACCCACUGCACGUGUGCUCGGACAGGCCGACACUUGGCCACGUUCACUCGUCGGCCAGGGUCGAGCCUGUACACCCUUACUACUGAGUCUCCUCCGGCUGCUGAGUCUGGCCAGGUGGUUGCGUCGAGUCAGGUGUUUGCUGCAGCGUCCAGGUCUGGUCCUGAGUCUGCUCCCUGCUCGUGUCGUCUCCUAUCCCACCAGACUCUCCUCUGGCACCACCGCCUUGGUCACCCCUCCCUGCCUCGUCUCCGAGGCAUGGCCUCCCGUGUCCUUGUCUCUGGUCUCCCUCGGUCUCUCCCUCCCCUACCUCCGGGGCCUGGCCCUACCUGCGUCCCUUGCGUCGAGGGGAGACAGCGCGCCGCCCCUCACUCCUCCGAGUUUCCUCCGACAGAGGCUCCGCUACAGACCCUCCACAUGGAGGUGUGGGGCCCCGCUCGCGUCCGUGGACAGGGGCACGAGCGUUACUUCCUGUUGGUGGUUGACGACUACUCGCAUUACACCACAGUCUUCCCCUUGCGCAGCAAGGGUGACGUCACUGAGCGCCGCAUUGGCAUGGUCAUGGACGUCGCUCGUACGUCCAUGAUGCAUGCGGCUGCCCCCCAUUUUCUGUGGCCGUUUGCGGUUCAGUACGCUGCGCAUCAGCUCAACCUUCAGCCCCGGGUCUCCUUGCCAGAGACCUCCCCCGCCUUGCGGUGGACCGGGAAGGUUGGCGAUGCGUCUGCGUUUCAGGUCUGGGGAUCUCGGGCGUUUGUCCGCGACUUGUCAGAGGACAAGCUGUCCCCCCGUGCUGUUCCCUGCGUCUUCCUUGGCUUCCCCCCUGACGCGCCUAGGUGGCAGUUUUACCACCCCACCUCGCGCCGUGUUUUGUCCUCCCAGGACGUCACCUUUGACGAGUCGGUGCCUUACUACCGUCUCUUUCCCUACCGCACUGUGCCCCUCCCCCCGCCGCCGCUCUUCCUUGCACCAGGUCCUCCUCCGGUAGACCCCCUCCGCCCUCAGGGUCCUGCCCCAUCAGGUGCGUCCCAGGUAGACGCAGUCCAGCCUGUCGAGGUAGCUGUUGACUCUGGUGCUGCUAGAGGUGCUGAGCCUGCGGGUGCCGGGUCUGGGGGUGCUGAGACUAGGGGUGCUGAGCCUGGGGCCGGGGGUGCCAAGCCUGGGGGCGCUGGGUCUGCUCGUGUGGCCGCCGGCGGUGCUUCGUUGAGGCGGGAGCCACUCUCUCCACAGGAGAUGCGCGAGUGGUUUGCCCGCCGCUGGAGACGUGCUGCUGAGACUGGGGGUACUGCUGGGGCUACUGGAGUUGGUCCUGCAGGAGCUGCUGGCGGUACUAGUGCUGCUGGAGCUGGAGCUGCUGGGGGUGUUGGCGUUGAUGUUUCUACUGGCGCUGGUGCGUCUGGGGGUGCUGCUGAGGCUGCUGGAGCUGACGGUCCUACUGGAGUUGGUGCUGCUGGAGCUGGAGCAGCUGGGGGUGUUGGCGCUGGCGGUGCUGCUGGCGCUGGUGCUUCUGAGGGUGCUGGAGUUGGCGCUGUUGGAGCUGGAGCUGCUGCUGGCGCUGGUGCCGUCCCUGCUGGUUCUGGAGGCGCUGAGCGGCCGAGGCCGUACUUCUCGCAGUCACAGUUACAGCCCGCCUCCCCUCUACCUGCUCCUUCUCCCUACACUGGUCCUACUGGAGGUCUUGCUGAGCGUCGUGCGCCUGCGUCUCGUCCUGCGUCCCCUGUUCGUACUGCUCGCACUAGUGGUCGUACUGCGCGUCCGCUUCCUCCUGCGGUCCCCGGCACACACCAGAUGGCCCUGCGUCCUUCCACUGCUCCUCUGCGUGUCCCGUUGCCGUCUCCUCUAGAGUCCUCUCUUCCUACUCUUACUGAACCGGAGUCUGACUCCCUUCGUGCUGCUAGUCCUUCGGUCACGCGUCUCCUUGCUACUGUUGUCACUGACCCUUCCUUUGAGUCCACUGCUGCGUCUGCCCUAGUUGCUGAGCUUGUCGACUUUGCUGCUCGGUAUCGUCUAGACUACGCUGCCAGUCUCGUUGCUGAGUCUGAGUCUGUCUGUCCUCCGUCCGUCGGGGGUGAGUGUGCUCUUAGCACAGACGUCCUUGAGGACAGGCAGGAGGAGUUUCAGUGCUUUGCUGCUGCUUUGCCCCAUCUCGUGUCCACGCUGAUUGCCCCUGAGGGAGACCCGGAUGCACCAGACAUCCCGACUCCUCGAUCGUACGCUGAGGCGAUCGAGGGUCCCUACUCCUCUCAGUGGGUGAAGCGGCCUCCGGGUUCUCCGCCUGUCUUCAAGGCGCGUUACGUGGCUCGAGGCUUCAGUCAGCGGCAAGGAGUUGACUACUUCCAGACCUUCUCUCCCACCCCGAAGAUGACCACUCUUUGGGUGCUGCUGCACAUAGCCGCUCAGCGCGACUACGAGCUUCACUCUCUUGACUUCAGCACAGCUUUCCUGCAGGCAGCCUGCACGAGGAGAUCUGGCUGCACCGCCCACCUGGCUUCACUGGGUCCCGACCCGUCGUUGUUUCUGCGCACCGACACCUCUUUGCCGCCGUUCUACAUCCUCAUGUACGUCGACGACUUGGUCUUUGCCACUGCUGACACUGCUGGACUCGCCCACGUGAAGUCUGAGCUGCAGAAGAGACACACGUGCACAGACCUGGGUGAACUGCGCAGCUACCUUGGCUUGCAGAUCACCCGGGACAGAGCACAGUGCACCAUUACCCUGACUCAGUCACACAUGGUGCAGCAGAUCCUUCAGCGCUUCGGCUUCACGUACUCCUCGCCUCAGGCCACUCCUAUGUCUACUCGCCACUCGCUCUCAGCUCUACCUUCGGAUGAGUCCGUAGAGCUGAGUGGCCCGUACCCAGAGCUUGUUGGCUGCCUCAUGUACCUGAUGACCUGCACACGACCUGACCUUGCAUACCCUCUUAGCAUCUUGGCACGCUAUGUUGCUCCUGGGAGACACCGACCAGAGCACAUGGCUGCAGCGAAGAGGGUGUUGCGCUACGUGUGCAGUACGUCGGGCAUGGGGCUAGUGCUUGGAGGGCGACAUCGAGUGGUCCUCACAGGGGCCAUGGCUGCACAGGAGCUACGCUGGCUCACCUACCUGCUGACUGACCUAGGAGAGUCGCCUCGUUCUCCUCCAGUUCUGUACGUAGACAACAAGGCCAUGUUGGCCUUGUGUCGGGAGCACAGACUGGAGCACAGAACGAAGCACAUUGCUCUCCGCUACUUCCUUGCUCGUGAGCUGCAGCAGCGUGGUCAGCUCCGCCUCACCUACGUGGCCUCUGAGGCCAACACUGCUGAUAUCUUCACCAAGGCCCUUCUGCCUUGUGAUCAUCAGGGCUUCUGUACUUUGCUAGGUCUUGUGCCUACCAAGCCUCACUUGCUCACUUCUUGA